ACCGGCGGAGGAGGAACAGUGUUUCGAUGUGCUAGUACAUUUGUUCUUUGUUUUUCCCUCUCGUCGAAGUUAUUUAUUAUUAUUUAUUCAGAUUGCUUUAGUUGUACGUUUAUUUAUUGUUUGGUGUGACUCGCUUGGGAAGAGAAAUGGCGUUUUGGGGUGUAAAGGUCACCCUCGUCCUUCUGAUAGCUCUGACGGGGACUUGUUGGGCGGGAGAGUGGUCUUGGGGCCGGGAUACGACCUCGUCCUCUCCCUCUUCUUCCUUUUCCUCGUCACCCCGCUCUUCUUUCGGGCGGUCACUCGGAGCUCCCACUCCAACCCGUAAAGAGGGGUCACUUUCCCUCCCCUUGCCCCUCGAACCUCAUUCAUCCCCGAGUGGGAGAAGUGAAGCUCUGAAGGAAGCCGAAACCUCCCCGAGAUUCCUUGGGUUGAACGAGAGGCUCUGUAACAUCGGGGUCGGGUCGUUGUGCCCGCCCGUCCCUUCUCAGGGUCUUCACCAGCAGCCUUUCGCCGGCUCUUUCCCCGGGUCCGUCCCUCACCAAGGCUCCUUCCAGGGAUCUCAACCCCAUCUAGCCCCUCCUCCUCUUCCUGCCCACGUCGCUCCUCCGUCCUCAUCCUUGCCGCAUGCAACCCCCACCCACUCUUCGUCCGCCCCCGUGGUCGAGCAUCACCACACCCACAUUCACAUCACAGACGGUGCGGCGGGCGGAGUGGGCCUUCCACUCACUAACCCGGGCGAGUCCUUCCGGCCUUCCCCGCCGGUGCACACGCAGCCGGACGUUGCUCACGGAACUCUCUUCCGCCCCGACGCCCCCGCGUACCGUGAAAAGUGCGAGUGCGUCCAUCCCUCCUUCUGCGCCGACCACGACGUUGUCCCUCGGAUCAACGACCCGCGGGACAUCAGCAACCUUCUCGACGCCCGCUCACUCCACGCAGACAUCCUCUCUAACGCCACCGAUGCCGAAGAAGACGUGACGACGACCGAAAACCCCGGGGAAGAGGAGGCCAAGGAAUCACGAACUAGAAGAGACACGCUUGACCAUCUGGCGACGCUUGAUAACUCUACCGAUCAUCCUCAAGGGCGCGCCCUUGGAUUCGCCCCGGGCCUCGUAGGCUGCGACAAUGGUAAUGUGUGUUGCCGCAACCCGAGGUUCAACCGCCCGACGCCCCAGCGUUCCUCCUGCGGCCUGCGGAAUGCCGCGGGCAUCACAGGCCGAGUCAAGAACCCCGAUUACGUCAGGGGAGACACGGAGUUCGGCGAGUACCCGUGGCACGUCGCCAUUAUGGAGAUCAAUGACGAUUACUUAUGUGGCGGAGCCCUCAUCGAUGCUGUCCAUGUGUUGACUGCCGCUCACUGUAUCAGCGGACUGCUUCCCCAAGAGAUAAAGAUCCGCCUCGGUGACUGGGACGUAUUCGGCCCCACGGAGUUCUACAGUCACAUCGAAGUCGGCGCCGAGUUCGUGGUCAUCCACCCCAACUACUACGCCGGGAAUCUCGAGAACGACUUGGCGGUCGUCCGGAUGCGCCACUACGUCGAUUUCGCAGCAAACCCCCACAUCUCGCCCGUGUGUCUUCCACACAACGCCCACGCCAACUUCGAGGGCUAUCGCUGUUACUCUACCGGCUGGGGCAAGAACGCCUUCGGGAAAGAAGGCAAGUACCAGAGCAUCCUGAAGGAGGUGGACCUGCCAGUGGUGAACCGCUACGAGUGCCAGGAGGCCCUGAGGCACACGCGCCUUGGCCCUAAUUUCUUCUUGCGAGAUGGCAUGAUGUGUGCCGGAGGCGAGGAAGGAAAAGACACGUGCAAGGGUGACGGCGGAGGCCCCUUGGUGUGCGAGGGAAGGGACGGCGCCUUCCAGCUGGCCGGCCUCGUGUCUUGGGGCAUCGGCUGCGGUCACCCCGGCGUCCCUGGGGUGUACGUCGACGUCCCUUAUUACCUCGACUGGAUUCGUCUCACGACGAACGCGCCCUAGGAUCACUGCGCAUGCGUGGAUGCAUAGAAGAAAAAACCCUCCGAUAACCCACUUAAUGUUAUCGUCAUUAUUAUCAUUAUUACUUGUAUCAUUAUAAUCAUUAUUAUUAUCAUUAGUUUAUUUUGUAUUGGAUAUCGCUUCACCGUUAUGAAGAAUCAUGUAAGCAUACAUUAUGCAGAUUUUUUUCGUCUUUUUAUUGUGAGUCAGGAAGAUAGUAAAGCUGUGAUGUCC